AUGUCCCGAUUUUCCGUUGUGUGUUGCUCUUCGAGAAAUUACGAAGAGUGUGGAUUGGAGGAGAAGAAAACGGAUGUGGAAAUACCGAAGUGGCUUAAAGGAUUGGCAAUGGCACCUGAAUUCCGCCCAACGGACACGGAAUUUGCAGACCCAAUUGCGUCCCUUUCCAAGUGCUCGGAACUGGGUUCGGAUCUAAAUCUCAUGUCAAAAACAGAUAAUGUUGAUAGGGGAAAUUGUAAUGGUGGGGUGAGUAGGGCGGUUUUCACUACUAGGCACCAAGAAUUGGGUAGCGAGAAAGGGAGAAGGGUGAAGGGGGUGGGAGGUCAAGUAUCCGGAGCUCAAAAGCAAGUUUGGCAAAGUUGGGAGGUUUACGACGGGUAA